AUGGCGUCCCGCUUGGCGAGAAGUGCUGUCGGGGCUGCACGCCUGCGACCGAGCAUCGCUCCCCGCGCCCUUCCGGCCGUCUCAACGCUCGUCACGGCGCGCCACAACUCGAACCUUCCCUCGCAGCAGGACCCCAAGAGCAAGGCGCAGUCACUGCUCGAUGCGCUUCCCGGCAGCAACCUGCUCUCCAAGACGGCCAUCCUCUCGUCGGCCGCUGGCCUGUCCAUCUUUGCGAUCAGCAACGAGUACUACGUGAUGAACGAGGAAACGGUCGUGGCCUUCUGCCUGCUCAGCGUCUGGGCUGGUCUCAUCAAGUACGGCGGUCCAAUGUACAAGGAGUGGGCCGAGAAGCAGAACGAGAAGAUCAAGAACAUCCUCAACGCUGCGCGGGCCAACCACGAGCAGUCCGUCAAGAACCGCAUCGAGGAUGUCAAGCAGAUGUCGAGCGUCAUUGACGUGACCAAGUCGCUGUUCGAGGUGUCCAAGGAGACUGCACGGCUCGAGGCCCAGGCGUACGAGCUCGAGCAGCGGACGGCGCUGGCUGCCGAGGCCAAGAACGUGCUGGAGUCGUGGGUGCGGUACGAGAGCCAGGUCAAGCAGAGGCAGCAGAAGGAGCUCGCCGAGAACAUCAUUGCCAAGGUGCGCAAGGAAUUGGAGAACCCCAAGGUGCUGCAGCAGAUUCUGCAGCAGAGUGUUGCGGAUGUUGAGAGGAUCGUCUCUUCCAAGGCUCAAUAG